CGAAAGCAAAGGAAAAAGAACAGAAUACUAAAGAAUAAAUACAGAUAGCAAAGUUAUCAGAACAAAUUUCUCAAAGAUAUCAAUUUAAAAAGGAAAACUACAAUAUAUCAUGUCAUUACCAAGCUUGGAGAUGCGCGAAUCUCAAGUCGAAUUGGCUUUGGACACAAAAUCUAAGCAGCAUAAUAUGAAUGGCGAUACAAUGUCAGUUCAGUCAACCUCCGAUGAUAAUCUAACUGACGAGCUGAAGCAUGGUUCGGGUGUACUCGGAACAGUCAUGAAUAUGACUAACACAAUCAUCGGAUCAGGGAUUUUGUCCAUUCCAUAUUCUACUGCACAGGUUGGGUGGGUACUUGCACUUGUGAUCAUGUUUAUUGGUGCAACAAUGACAAUGUUCGGACUGCAUCUGCUCAAUACCAUCGCGGAUCGUAUUGGAGGUAGAAAAACCUCCUUCGGCGAUGCCUGUCGCCAAUCAUACCCGUGGUUAAUGCUCGUGGCUGAUUUCCUUGUAUUCUUUACAAUGUGGUCAGUAUCAGUCAUAUACAUGACUAUUGCGUCGAGUAUUCUGCCCGAUGUGAUGCGAGCAUUCAUUGGUGAUGAUGUCAGUGGUGAUGCCUUCUACCUGCAGACGUGGUUCUGGCUUAUAAUUUGCUGGGGCUGCUUUGCAGCACCCUUGUCUAUGCUCAAGUCACUCUGGUUCCUUGCGUACACAUCGAUGGUGGCUGUACUCUGCGUACUCUGGACGACAUUUGUUGUGUUCGCCUAUAGUGUUGAUAUCUUCGAUCCCUGUGAUGGAAAAGCAAGUGAUUGUCAAGGUGAUGCGGUGGCAGCUAUCUGGGAUUUCGGUGCGAUAAUGCGCGCCUUCCCUGUUUUCGUCCUUGGAUUCUGUGUAGGCCCGGUUCUAUUCAACAUUUACAACGCAAUGGACCACCAGACCACGAAGCGCAUGGACAUAUCUGCUGGCAUUACCAUAAGUCUUGUGACUGUAUUGUAUACGAUCAUCGCCCUCUGUGGUUAUUUCACCUAUGGCGAGAAUGUCACUUCCAACAUUCUUGAUUCCUACCCCAUUUCGGUACCUGCAUCCAUCGCUCGUCUCGGAACGGCUUUUGUAGUCACGGUGUCAUACCCUUUGCUGAUGCAUGCGGCUCGUGACUCAGUCGUUCACGCUGUCGGCACCGUUGUGACCAUGUGCGGGAAGAAAGAUGUGGGUGUUGCUCUCACGGACAGUAGCACUAAGAAUGGAAACAUCAUGUUCUACGUUUUGGCAGCUCUAUUGAAUAUUGUUGCUUUGGCAUUUGCAUACUUUCAGAUUGAUAUCAACACGUUGCUGUCUAUUACUGGAGCCAUCGGAACAGUCAAUCUGAGUUUCACGCUCCCGGCUGCAAUUUACUGGAAAAUGUUCGAGGAGGAUGGUAUGACACUUCGCCGCAUUCUUUGCGUACCCUUUGGCAUAUUCGGACUGGUAGCCAUGUGCAUUAGUUUGUGGGCGAACUUCGCCUAA